GGGCGCCGUGACAUUAAAGGACCUGCCGGGCAGAUGGAAGAUCAGAAGAUGAAGCUGCAAACGUUAGUUGUCGUGUCCCUGGUUCUCUUCAGCUUUUUCGAACCGACAAAGUCUUCGACAACAACAGAAACAACUCAAGAAACAACAACAUCUGAAGCAACAACAGGAAAUAACAUGACAACAACGGAUCAAACAGAAACAACAACAUCAGGAAAUAACAUGACAACAUCGGAUCAAACAGAAACACCGACAACAACAGGAUAUACUACGACAACAGCAGAUCAAUCAGAAACAACAACAACAACAGGAAUUGUCAUGUCAACAAUAGGUCAAACAGAAACCUCAACAACAGGAAAUGUCAUGACAACAACGGGUCAAACAGAAACAACAACAUCAGGAAAUAACAUGACAACAACAGAUCAAACAGAAACAACAACAUCAGGAAAUAAUAUGACAACAACGGAUCAAACAGAAACAACAACAACAACAGGAUAUACCAUGACUACAGGGAAUGGAACAGAAACAACAAAGGAAAACAACAUGACAACAACAGAUCAAACAACAAUAGUAUAUACUUCGACAACAGCAGGUCUAUCAGAAACCACAACACCAGUACAUACCAUGUCAACAGCAGAUCAAACAGAAACCACAACAACAAGAGUUGCCAGGAUAACAACGGGUCAAACAGAAACAACACAAGAAUAUACUACGACAACAGCGGGUCAAACAGAUACAACAACAUCAGCCAUGAGUAGUACUUCAGAUGCAACAACAGCUAUGUUAACGACAACAACGAGUAAUGCGGGGAUAACAUCACAGGGUACGAUGUCGAGUUCUGCUUCCACGGAUGUUUUGUCUACAACAACCAAUACACAAACACCUACAUCAGUGUCAACGGGGACGUCAGCAACAACAAUGAACGAAACCAGUACGGCUGGCGACAACCAGACAACAAUAUCAACAACCAGCACCGAUCCGGGGACGUCUUUUUCCAGUUCCUAUCAAUCGACAACUAGUCCAACAACAACAAGUUCCUACCAAUCGACAACAAGUCCAGUAUCAACGGUCAUCACAACUUCAUCGGACACCAGUACUACAGCGGAAACUGUGACCGUCACAAAUUCAACUGCAGCUAGUUCUGGACUUACAUCAACUUCUGAUAGCACAACAUCCACGGUACCUGAUUCAACAACAACGGAUCCGAUGUUUAAUGAUACAACCAGCUCGGCAUCUAUGACGUCAUCACAAUCACCUGAAACAACAUCUUCCGUGGGAAUCCCCAGUAACGUGUCAGUUUCCCCGGAAGUGGUGGCUGUUUUGGGUAUGUCUGAUGACGGUUCCCGCCACGAGCCGCACAUGGUCUGCGUGUUCCCUGAGCCCGGAAGUAACCUGUACUUUCUGAUUAAGUGGUUCAUCAACGACAGUCCGCUGACCACGACGUCCUACGGCGCAGUCCUCCACCCUAGUAUUAACACCACAGCGGCGCUACGACCACAGCACUGGUCCAGCAACUACAGUCUGAACAUGAAUGUGAAAUGCAGUGUAAGCGCCCAGUAUCUCGUUGAUAGUGGCCCAAGCCCCGCAUCUACAAGUCCGCCCUUCCUCGCAGGAGUAACGGUUAGCAAUACCUUUCUAUCGAUCGAUGAGGGAGAAUCUACGGCAAUAACUUUGACGAGCUCUCUUCCGGUUGGUUGUUCUGCUUCACUCACAGACGCUCAAAAGGAGGCUCAGUGUAAAGCUGAUUUGCAUAUAAUCACCAGUGAAUGGAGCUGGUGUUGGAAUGGCGUAAAGUACCUGGGCGUGGCUUUCCCUGACAACGGAUGUCACGUGACAAUUCCCUACAAGUACUGGGACCAGCCAGUUUACCUGAAUGUUACCGGGUAUGUCGACAGCAUGAAGAAUUGGUGGGGACGCUACUCCAGGAUUAAAUUCAAAUCUACUACCAACCCCACAGACACAUCGAACGCGUGGAACAAUGUGAAAGUUACUGAUACCGUGUCGGUAUCCGUUUGGGACAAUACUCCCUACAGCUCCACUGGGGGAAUCUGUGGAGGCUUCAACGAUCCCCACAUGGUGACCUUUGACCGGCGGUACUGGGAGAAUCAGCGAGUGGGGGAAUUCGUCAUGUACCAGCACAAAACUAAACCCUUAGCGGUGCACGCUCUGUAUUCCACCUGUUACCCCUGGCGCGCGGCCUGUAACUGUGGGGUGGCCAUAAGGUCAGGGAAAAAUCUGUAUGUGGUUCGAACCUGCAUAGAGGUGUCCCUCCAGAGGGUCUCCCUCCUCAGUUAUCCUUAUGAACGUUAUGACGGAUGUAGUCAGGAGGACGAAAUCACUGUACAAAAAAUGGGCACUAAUUACAGGGUUACGUUACCGAGCGGGACAGAGGUGUCGUUCUCCUUCAAUUCGUGGUCCCACUGGAUUGACUACAUACAGAUCGUCGCUUCAUCUACUGACCUUCAAAACACAGAGGGCAUAUGUGGUUACUAUGACUACGACCGAAGCAACGACUUCAUACCUAAGAACGAGAAUACUCCCAUCAGCGAUGAGAAGCGUUUUGCCCUGUCCUGGCGGGUCACCAUAGGUUCAUCAGACAGCCUUUUCAAGAAAAAACCUGACGUCAUCUAUGGGUCCUCGUCUGGCGGAAGCUCCCCGCAGAGCCUUCAGAGGUACUGCACGUGCUCCUCCUACUUCCAGUACUACGACCAGUGGUACAACGUUCCUUUUGAUCCAAAUUAUGCAAAGUGCAACCUUGACGCCCCCACAGAGCCGUGCUCCGAGAAGAGCGGGCAGACCGUAAACGUCUGCUCGUCAAGUAGCAGACGACGGAGAAGCACAGCUGAAUCCGAUGACGUCAUCGAUGAAAUAGAAUUCAGUGUUGAUCCUGCAUUUGAUGAGAGUAUCGAACUAAAUGUUACCGACUGGGUGGCCCCAUGGAGUGAAGAAAAUGCUACCAGAUUUUGCAACGAGUCUUUUACUCAAGACAUCGCUGUGUCCACUUGCAUCGAGAAAGUGAACACCAGCGUCAGCGAGUACAUAGCCAGCUGUGUAGAAGAUAUCAAGAUGAUCGGAAACGCGGACUUUGUGACGGCCACCUUGGAUACCUUGAAAAAGGAAUGCGUGACCACAGCAUCACGUGAUUCGUCCUUCAGUAACACUACCUCUAACGGCGGAGAAAACAUUCUGGAUUUGUUAAAAUCUCUGGUUUGUCCCAACAACUGUUCUGGUAAUGGCGUCUGCGCAAAUGAGACCUGUUCCUGUAACACUAACUAUAUGGGUGAGGAUUGUUCCAAAGAGCUGUCCCAACCACCGACCAAUUUCACGAUCCCACAGACUGGAGCCUGUGACACUAGUGCUCGAGCAUGUCAAAAAACCAACUUGUAUGGGGUCUUUCACAGCGAGACUAUCUACGCCAAGUGUAGCUAUUUCAAGGGAACACCUAGCGGCAAGGAGAACAGUACUUAUUCAGUUCUGGCUGAUGUCCAAUACAGACAUGUCAACCUCAUCACAGUCACCAUCCCGAGUCCGCCAUCUUCGCGCAGGCGCAAACGCUCUGCCAGUGGUGAGGUUCAUGGGUGGGAGAUCCAGUUGAGUUACGACAACCAAACGUACGGAGAUUCUGCCGUCAUUCUACUGUUUGACAGCACCAAGACAUCAUGUGACACGACCACUUUAGUGUGUGUCAGCAAGGUAACAGCGGCAGAAUCUGAGCCGGCGGACAACACCGGUGUCAUUGUUGGAGGCGUGGUAGGGGGCGUGGUCGCGCUGGCUGUCAUCGUAGGAAUAAUCAUCUACAUCAAGAUGUACAAAAGGGUGAAAGGACGGGUCGGUUCGAGUGAAAACGUACGUAACAAGGACUCCGACCCCUUAACAAGCUCUUCACCUUAAUCAGGGAACUAAGGAAGGAAUGGACCAAGGAGAGUAAUGGGUUUAAGCAUUUCGUUAUCUGAAAGAGAUUGUGAUAAAAAAAUAUUUUGUGAUAUUUUUUUUAAUUGAUCAUCGGAACAUUAGACUUAACCGAAUGUCGACAACACUGCAAUUCUGUGGCUUCAUCAUCGCAAUUCUUGUGUCAUGUACCUCCUCUGAACCUCAGAGCAUGCGCACUAUCCGUCCCAUUUUUUGCUGUGAUAUUAAUAAGUUUUUGUCAUUAUUACCAUAUUCUUAGAAUAUAUGUCUACGUCUUUGUGCCAACAUAUAUUCGUCCAAGGAACUGUGAUUUUUCUCUUCAAAUGUUGAUUUUUUAAGUCUGAUGCAUAUUUUUUGUAAUUAUUUGUAAAUUUAAAGAAAUUUGAAUUUGCAAAGGGGGGGGGUCCGAACCACCUAACCUUCUCUGGAUCCGCGCAUGUACAUUGUUAUCACAUUGUACAUGGAUUAUACUUAGUGGAUCUACAUGUAGGAAAUAAUUGCCAUUUUAAAGUAACUUUCUACACCUUAAAAUUAAUUCAAGCAUAUGUAAUAUGUAAAUGGUGAUUGAAAUAUAAUAGAACACAUGUAAUCUCAACGAUCUAUGGUGUCAGUAAACUCGGCUGUCAUUUAUAGAGACGAUUUAGUGCCAGGAACUUUGUCGAAUUUUUUUUUUUUGGUAUUGUCGAAUCGAUAUGAUUUAACGAUUAUCUUCCAUUAGUUCAUAUCAAAUUGGUUAUCAUGUAAGUUUGAACGCUUUAUUUAAUCCUACAACAAUAAAGAGCUAGAGCCAAGAAGCAUCAAAAAUUGCCCUAUUAUAAAAAAUCACCAUAUUGUGGUGAAAUAUUGUGUAUAAUCUUAGCUUUUCAUAAUUACCCGUUUUUCUUUUGUCGUUAUCUAUUAUACUUUUUUAUAAACAGAGUGAACAAUAUGACACUGUUUUGAUGAAAAAAUGUAGAACAUACGUCAUUUUUGUUAAGUAACGUCAUGAAAUGAUAAAAGUACGCAUGACUUGAAUUUAAUAAAAUAAACAAAAAAAAAUUGUCUUGUAGACUCAAAGCACGUGAUAACGUUUAUAUUUGUGCUCAUGACGCAUGAUUGGCUAUAUGAAUUCAAAGGAAAUUAAACGUCGCAGAUUUCCAAUGCAAACAUAAGGGGAAAUAUAAAUUGAGUGUAAAUAUCAGAAGAUGAUUAUGAGACGUGGAUCUACCACUUACCCUCUUUAAGACCUCCACAUUUAUAAAGUAUAUACGUGUUUUUAUGUAUUUUUGAGUUGUUUUGUAAUUUCAAUUAUUUCAUCUCUUUAUAAUCAAAGUUUUUAUUAAAUAAUUUCAUGCUUAAAA